UAAAAGAAGAGUUGUAGGAGGAGACUGCAUUGAGAUUGCGAAGAACUGCUUUGUGACAGACUCUUUUUCUCUAGCGUUGGAUUUGUAUUACGCACCAGCACCAUGUGUAAAGGGCUCGCAGCCCUCCCUGCAACAUGCUUGAAAAGCGCCAAAGACAUAAAGCAUAAGAUUGGCUUCCUGCUUCAAAAGCCAGAUCCAACUCAAGAGCAGAGGGCUUUGAAGGAGAAAGAGAAGGAGAAGGAGAAGGUCACAGUGGUGAACAGAGUCCCUCCUGCUGAAACUGAGAAAUGGAAAACAUCAUUUAACAACCUGUUAAAAAAUGAUGAUGGUCGGAAGGCUUUCGCUUCCUUUUUACAGUCCGAGUACAGUCAGGAGAACAUUGAAUUCUGGGAGGCCUGUGAGGAUUUCAAGCAGACAUCAGUGGACAAGAUGGAUAUGAAAGCUAAAAUGAUAUUUGAGCGAUAUGUUGAAGCCGAUUCCCCCAGUGAGGUGAAUUUGGAUUCGGCAACCAGAGAGCAGACUAGAAAGAAUCUGGAAAAGUGUGAAGCAUCCUGUUUUGAGGAGGCUCAGAGUAAGAUAUUCACUCUCAUGGAAAAGGACUCGUACAGGCGCUUCCUGAAAUCCAAACUGUUCCUGGAACUGUCUCAACCACCGAUGCACAACAAACCAUGUAGUUUAGAGAAGAAAGGAAAGCAACACGUUUCUGACCUCAGUCAGUGCCUGCCUAGUUAUGCCUAAUCUGACCCAUCUUCUCCUAGAUGAACAAAGUAUAUGACAAACUUUGCCAUAAUGUGACUUUCACUCAUUUGGCUUUGUAAAGCUUGUUCAUGUUUAUGAAUAAAAAAGGUUGUACACCAGAGCCAAGCUAGACAUUAUUAGAUGGCUCAGCCAUUGUGAUUGUAAAACAUUUACCUUUUAAUCAAGACCCUCAGAGGCAGAACUUGUUACACAAAAGCUAUUUCCCAAUUUUAGCUUUGCAGCAAUGUUGUGAGUUCUCAUGCGUGACGGUCAUCCUCUGAACGGGUUUUAUGCAGGCAGUGGUGUUACUGACAACAAAAAUAACCCGCAUCUUCAAUUCGACCAUGAAAUUCCUUUGAAUUGGCUUUGGGAAAACAAUACCUGUGUUGUAGUUUACAACUAAGUGACUGUUACAGACAGGAAAAGUCUUGUGUCUACGAUGAGAAUAGGACCAUUGACAUCACUAACAAUAACCAACUGUAUUCUCUUUAACCUUGUAAUGUUAUGUAAUACGUGUAUUUAUAUAUGUUUAUGUAUAAGCUCUCUUGUCUUUACAGGUGAUGUAAAUUCUUUCUACUUAAAAUGUGAACUUUCCAGCAUUUUCUUUUUCUAUUGGCCAUCCAUCAUAAUCCACAAAAUGACAAGUGAAUGUGAUAAAUGUGCAUGUGCAAUGUAUUACCUGUCAACUGCCAAAGAUUCACAAUGCAUUGCGUAGUGAAUCUGUGUCUCGACUGUAAGGCAGUCUUUACAUAUCAAAUCACAAAUGCUCUGGUUAAAAUAAACGGCCAAAUGUGAGUUGUUUACAUAUUUGUUUACUGGUUCCAUAUUUAUUUUUUUUGUCAUAUUUAUGAAUAAAACAACAUCAUACAAUUCAAA